AUGAAUAUGGGCGAAGGAAAAACGUCAGUUAUUUUACCAAUGUUAGCUGCUAAUUGUUCUUCAUCAAAUUCAAGUUUAGUUCGUAUUAUUGUUCUUAAACCUUUAUUUCCGACAAAUUAUCAAUCAUUACGAUAUAAAUUAGGUGGUCUACUCAAUCAACGUAUAUUUCCAUUUGCAUGUUGUCGUGAUAUGAAUUUUAAUAACCAACAAAUAAAUCGAAUUUGGCAACGUUUUCAACGUGCAUUACGUAAUUGUGAUAUUGUAUUGACUUCACCUGAAGAUAUUCUUUCAUUUGAUUUAUUAACAAUUGAUAAAUGUCGACGAAAAGAAUUUGAUGUUGCUCGAUCUAUGUUAGGAAUUCAACGAUGGUUAAAACAAUAUGCACUUGGUGGUCAACAACAAGUUGAUGAAGGUUCAGAACGUUGGAAAACUAUUCAAACAAUUCUUGAAUUAGUUAAAAAAUAUGCUGCUGAAAUUUCUAAACGUUUUCAUGAAAAUGUUUAUUAUAAAGCAUCGAAAAGAAAAAGUUCUUUUCCACAAUUUCGUUUACAAUCACCUGAACCAUUUGCAUUACUUUGUCAAAAAGUUGCAAAUGAUUGGGUUGAUAGUAGAAAUUAUCUUUAUGAAGAGAAAUCAAUUAUAUUAUCAUUUAUUUUAGAAUCAGAUUCAUCUAUUGAAUAUCUCAUCAAUAGAUUUCCAUGUCUUCAUACUCAAUUAUUUCUUAUUGCUCGUGGUUUAUUAUCAUCAGAAGUUUUAUUAAUUGCUUUUAAAAAACGCUAUCGUGUUAAUUAUGGUGUUAACUCAAAUAUAACUUUUAAUCGUCUAAUGGCUGUACCAUUUCGUGCAAAAGAUGUUGUUGCUGAUAGAACUGAAUUUGGUCAUCCUGAUGUAGCUUUAGUUUUAACACAACUUUCAUAUUAUUAUUCCGGUUUAAAUAAUUCACAAUUAUCACAAUGUUUUAAACGUUUAAAUGAAGAAGAAAAUGAUCCAGUAUCGAUUUAUGAUCAAUGGACUUUAUAUGAAGAUGAAAAAUAUAUACCAAAAACUAUUCGUCAAUGA